GCAGUAAUACCCGGAGAUGUAUUGGAUGGAAGGAUCGAACUCAAACAUACCCGGACAUAUUCGUAGGAAUAUUUCUUAGGGCGUCAAUACCAAUCACGCUUUUCCUCCAGGGAAACUAUGAUCUCAGGGAUUGCUGGGCUUCUUCAGGCGCUGUGGGUGAUAGGUGUCGUGCACUCUCGAUUGCAGGGUGCAUUGGACCUUUGGCGACGUUGGGGUGACUCUCCCUUAAUUCCCCUUCCAAGGAUGCGCUUGGGUGGUUGCACGGCGCCCACGGUUUCGUGGAAGUGGGACGCGUCAGAUCGUGACAGAGGCUUUGGAGUUUAGCGUCCGAAAGUGGCAUGGGACAAUGGAUUGACUUAGGUUUCCAUCACGUUUGAGGAUUUGUGACUUGCCCAGUGAUUGACUGAUGUGGAGGGAAACUGGAGUGAGGGUGUUUAUAUGUUGUAAAGUUCAGAGGAUGCAUUCAAGUUGGACAAUCGUAUUGGAUUAGUAGCAUUCUUGGGUGUAAUCAAGGCGAGCAUCACGAGGGUAGUGGGGAACAAGAGCGGAGCAGAGUCGAGGGCAAUCGUGAGGCAGGAGCCAAGGAUGGGAAGAAGUCGAAGGGGAGUAUUGUGGUGGAAUGUUUAGGUUAGCCUUGGCGAGGAGGUCCAACAUGUAUGCAGUGGGCAGAUUCCUCUCGCAAGGAGUGUACACCGUUGCGGGGCCAUUUCACCCCUUUGGAGGCGCUGUUGAUAUUGUAGUUGUACAGCAGCAGGAUGGAUCGUAUAAGAGUUCUCCCUGGUAUGUCAAGUUUGGGAAAUUUCAGGGCGUUCUGAAGCGGAGCGAAAAAGUUGUAGGUAUUGCCGUCAAUGAUAAGGCCGUCAAGUUCCACAUGUAUUUGGACUCCACAGGAGAAGCUUAUUUUCUGAAAGACUCAGAGCCUGACAAGGAUUCGUCAUCGUCACAACUGGCAAUUACAGCCGGUGAUGAAGUUUUAACUAUCGAGGCUGGCCCUAGCAAGUUGGAUGUUGGAUUUGAAAACAAGGAAGAAUUCGCGGACGCGAAAGAAGAUGUGGAGGAAGCGGAGAGCAGCGACGAGAAGGAUAGCAAUUUGGAACUGAGGUUUGAAGGGAGGAAAGCAUCCUAUCUACUUGUGCAGCAGGCUCGAGCUGCUGAAGAAGCUAAAAACAAAGAAGCCAACUACCCUGUUAUACCAUUGGAGAGCAGCUCACUCGGGGAGGACACCGAUCUUUUCAAGAAUGAUAACCUUUUGGAGGAUUGUAAACUUAAGGGCACAGAUACGACAGGGAAAGAUGAGAUUUCGGAGGGUCGUAGACUUGACGCCGCAGGCAUAGUAGGGGAAAUUCAACAUCUGGAGAUCAGUACACUUAAGAACACAGAAGUUGUGGAGGAUUCUGAGCUUUCAGACAAUAUAAUUCUGAAAGAUAGUUUUGACGUUCUAGUUGAGACUGAAGUGCCGGAGAGUACUGCACUCAAGGAGUUAGGAGCUACGGGAGAAACCUCAGAUGAUCUACUUUCUUCAUUAGCAGCCUUGAAGUUGAGAAAUAAGGUCAAUACUUCUGUUGAAGAGUUGGGAAAUGAACCUGUUGGAUCUGCUAUUCAUGCACUUCUUAAUCAGGCCGUGAGGAUUGAAGAAGCGCAGAAACCAGGGCGUCCUUCUAGUACACUUAUUGCUCAGGCUGCUUUUACUGCAGUUGCUAAGGCUGCCUUGGAAUCAGGUGGUGAGGAUUCAUCCGAAGGCCUUGGAAACGGAACAGGGAAUUCAUUUGAAAUGUUAGAUAUUAGAGGAGACGCUACUGAAGGCUUUCGGCGUAGAAAAUCAAAGUCUUUAAAUAUGGGUUUCGAGUUCACCGCAGAUGAACCGGUGCGUGUAAGAAGAAUAAAAAGCGAAUCAGAAUUGAGACUACUAGAAACUAGCGAGAAAGGAAGAACAGGUGAAUCAGAUUUGAGGACAAGUGGCAUUGGGGACAAUUCGCCUGAACUUUCAACUCUUAUGAUCGCUAGUGCAGAUGGAGUUGUUGUUCUUCACACACCUAGAUGUGGCAGUCCACCUCCAUUGACAUCACUGGACGAUCAAACUCAAGAACGGCCUAUUAUACUUGAAGACGAUGGUGUCGAGAAGCCUUUAGUCCCGAGUAUGCUGGCCUCUGAUGAAAUUGUUCCAGCUGAGGCACAGGGUAAUACUCAAGUGGAAAAAGCUGAUCCUUCUUCCAAAAAAAAAGAGGCAGGUGCAUUGCUAACUGCAGAAAAUGGUGGAUGGAAACUCUGGCCAUUUCCCUUGCGACGCUCUAAAAUACCUGUGUCCAACGUAUCCACGCCUGUAAUGUCUCAGAAAGCGUUGCUGGUAGCUGCAAAAGUAGGAGUUGACACUGCAAUCGUGAAUAACCUGGUUUCACAGAACGACUUCUAUCUUCGCUCGAGGAAGAAUAAAAUUCGGUCUUUUUUGCCCACUUCACAAAUGCUUGCGGAAAUGAACCUUAAGGAAGGGAGUAACCUCAUCACGUUCACAUUCCAAACACGAGUGCUUGGUAAACAACAGGUGGAUGCCCGUAUCUACUUGUGGAAGUGGAACACACGUGUUGUUAUUUCAGACGUGGAUGGCACAAUCACAAAGUCAGACGUUCUGGGACAGGUGAUGCCCUUAGUGGGGAGGGAUUGGACGCAAUCAGGAGUUACCCGCCUUUUUUCUGCUAUUAAGGAAAAUGGCUACGAAGUGAUGUUUUUGAGCGCACGGGCAAUCUCUCAGGCAUAUUUGACGCGCCAGUUUCUAGUUAACUUAAAGCAGGAUGGUGAAGCACUUCCAGAUGGACCAGUUGUUAUUUCUCCUGAUGGACUCUUUCCCUCUCUUUAUCGCGAAGUUAUUCGAAGGGCCCCUCACGAAUUUAAGAUUGCCUGUCUCCAGGAUAUCCGAGAUCUCUUCCCUAAAGAUUGUAACCCCUUCUACGCUGGAUUUGGGAAUCGUGAUACUGAUGAAAUUAGUUAUCUCAAAGUUGGUAUCCCUAAAGGCAAAAUAUUCAUUAUUAAUCCCAAGGGAGAAGUUGCUGUAAACAAUAGAGUGGACGUCAAGUCAUAUACUUCUUUGCACAAACUUGUUGAUGAUAUGUUUCCUCCUCAGAGUUGCACAGAACAGGAGGAUUUCAAUUCUUGGAAUUACUGGAAGAUGCCACUUCCAGAUAUUGAAGAUGAAAUAAGUGUCAAGAGUACUUCGAAGCCGAAAAAGACCAAGUGAUGAGAGAAGCUGAUCAUGAGAGCGGAAGCGCUCAAGUGGUCUGAAUCAACCUUAGAGACACUGUUAUGCAGUUAUUCAUCUUGCAGAUUAUAUCAAGAGCUCUGAAAGAUGUUGUACAGCAGGUACGGCCAAUCUCUGUAAAGCUGUGUCUUAAAUCUUGUUAAGAUUCGUGGAUUAACUUUCAAUGUCAUUACGAAAUUGACUGGUAGUCGGGUGAAAUGAGGCUAAUGGGCACUGAGCAUGAGAAUAGGGUAUCAAAUUUCCUUUCCCAUAAAUAGGAGCAUUCAUCAAACAAUUAAUUCACUUGUCCCAUACUUCUCAAAAUGAUAUUGUUUCAUUUAGACUCUUCAAUAUCACAAUGAUCAUUGUCUGA